AUGUUUAUAAAUGCGAGGAGGAUCAAAAGAAGUAUUUUUUUCCAGCUACUAACACUGUGCUUCAUCUGCUCCAUUCUGACUGUCACCUGGGAAGAGCUGGACCACCAUGUGGUAAGUCAUGUGAGGGCCUUCUCGUACCGCUACCUAGUCAACGACUACAGCUUCAUAAACAGGAACUUCCACGUCAGUCGAGAGGAGGACGACAACAUCAACAAGUACCCCUAUCUGAUAAAUCCUCAGCACAAAUGCCAAAAUCACAAGGUGCUGCUGCUCUUGUUUGUGAAGUCACUUCCAGAGCACACAGACAGGAGGAAUUUCAUCCGCUCCACUUGGGGCAAUGAGACCUACGUCCGGAAGGAGUUGGGUGUGGACGUGAGGGUUGUGUUUGCCCUCGGAGUUCACGCGCAUCCCCUUUUCCGGGCCCAUGUCCAGCAGAAGCUCAUCCAAGAGGACCAUAUGUUCAAGGAUCUGGUCCAGCAGGACUUCCUCGACACCUUCCACAACCUCACCGUGAAGCUGAUGCUGCAGUUUAGCUGGGCGCACACCUACUGCCCGUACAGGCAGUUCUUCAUGUCAGCCGAUGAUGACAUGUUCAUCCAUGUGCCCAACCUUGUGCGCUACCUGCGGGAGCUGAACCGCAAGGGUGUGCAGAACUUCUGGGUGGGCCGCGUGCACAGGGGUUCACCACCCGUCCGCCACAAAAAAAGCAAGUACUACGUGCCUUAUGAGGUGUACCCAUGGGUCUCCUAUCCAGACUACACCCCAGGAGGAGGGUAUCUGAUCUCUGGAGAUGUAGUCAGGAAGAUCUACAAAGUCUGCAUGAUGCUGAGCAGCACGCUUUACAUUGACGAUGUCUUCAUGGGUAUAAGUGCCAAAAUCAUCGGCGUGUCCCCUCAAAACCACAUCUAUUUCUCAGGCGAAGGGAAGGCUCCUUCCCACCCUUGUAUCUACGACAAGAUGCUGACCUCUCACGGACAUGUGACAGACAUGCUUGACCUCUGGAAGGAGGCCACUAAACCCCAGAUUAGAAAUAUAUCCACUGGACUCAUGGGAAAUAUGUACUGCACCCUAGUGAAAGCAGUGCUCUUCUGUAAGCCAUUCAGUACCUACCCCUGCAUGGCAGCAUUUUCGUAGCAUCCGCAACCUGCUCAACGCAACAUAACAGACGAAAUCUACUGAAACAAAAGGUCUGCCAUUCAAAAU